CAUCAUUUUCUGGAUGACUGCCGAGCUCCGCUGCAGCUUCACCACCGACAUUCUCUCUUCCCUCUCUCGCCUUCUCUGACUCUCACGUCUCACUGAAAGAGGGCCCUGAUUCCUCCUCUUUUCUGACUUUCUCCCGUCCCCAAUUCCCCCCAGAUUGCCUAGUUCCACACCAUGUCCACCGGUAUAUUCGCGCCGCAAUAUGUCCACGGCGUGUACAUCCCCUCGGCACUCCUCGUCGUCGGCGUAGCCAUCAUCAAGAGGGAAUGGAUACCCUAUGCCGUCGCCCUCGCCGCCGUGCUGGGUAGUUACAAAAUCUACAGCAACACUCCCCGAAAAGUCCUCCACCCCAAAGAGUUCAAAGAAUUCGAGCUCAAGGAGAAGACGAUCCUCUCGCACAACACAGCCAUCUACCGCUUCAAACUCCCCCGACCCACCGACAUCCUCGGCCUCCCCAUCGGCCAACACAUCACCCUCGCAGCCACAAUCCCGGGCCAACCCAACGACGUCCUCCGCUCGUACACGCCCAUCUCCUCGGACGAAGACAAGGGCUACUUCGACCUCCUCAUCAAAUCCUACCCGACGGGCAACAUCUCCAAGCACGUCGCCUCGCUCAUGGUGGGGCAGACGAUGAAGGUCCGCGGGCCCAAGGGCGCCAUGGUCUACACGCCCAACAUGGUCAAACGGUUCGGCAUGAUCGCGGGCGGCACGGGCAUCACGCCCAUGCUGCAGAUCAUCAAGGCGAUUAUUCGCGGCCGCGAGAAGGGCGAUGUCACGGAGGUGGACCUCAUUUUCGCGAAUGUGAAUGAGGAGGAUAUCUUGUUGAGGGAGGAUUUGGAUGCGCUGGCGGCCAAGGAUGCUAGGUUCAGGGUGUAUUAUGUGCUCAAUAAUCCUCCUGAGAAGUGGGAUGGCGGCGUGGGCUUCGUCACUGCGGAUAUGAUCAAGGAGAAACUCCCGCCACCCUCGCCGGAUACCAAGAUUCUGAUUUGCGGUCCUCCGCCCAUGGUCAGCGCCAUGAAGAAGGCCACGGAAUCGCUGGGUUUCGCCAAAGCGCGGCCGGCGAGUAAGCUCGAGGACCAAGUCUUCUGCUUCUAGAGACUGGCGUUUUCGCGAUUGGCCAAAGUGCAGGAACCGUGUUGUACUGAGAGCUUGUCCAAGCUGCGCUUCGCUUCAAGAAUUUAGAUACGCGAGCUGCCGAAUGGCCCUUGUCACAGGCCUGGCUGCCUAGUACCAGUACUAUUGCCAGCCAGAUCUCCGGGUGUCGCUCAACUGUAGCGAUUUGAAGGUUCAGCUGCUGAAAUGCGGCUGCCAAGGUUAUGGAAUGUAUGAGUGCAUUUAGAGUCGGUGCAUGCAAACUUCAUCGCGCGUCUGACGGGGUAUCUAGAUAACAAGAUCUAAUGCAAGACUCCAAGACCGCGCAUCCAACACGACUGCUACUUUCCCCUUCAAAU